AUGAUUUGCCUGUCGCAACUUUGCCCAAACUCUAAAACUGAGUGGGGGCCCGGGAGCAGCGAGACGGUGCAGACGGGGGACGUCGUGGAGGAGCUCCUCAUCGGGGUUGGUAGCCUAGGCGGGCCCGCAUCGCACGCUGCGCCCUUCAAGGGCGGCCGCGCCGCGCUGCAGAAGCUCCUGCACGCGGCCUACAAUCACGGGGAGACCUCCGUCGAGGUGCGCGUGCACCGCUCCACCUCCGCGCAGGGGCAGCAGCGACAGCUCUUCGCCGGCGGCGACUGCAGCGGGGAGCUAGUGGACGCGGCCACCGAGGCCAGGAUGCAGGCCUGCAUCGUGCCACAGGAGUCCGUUGGCGGCGGCGGGAUCGGCCGCAGCCGCCAGUACGUGCACCGCUCCAUCCGCGACCCCAACUACGCCGUCGGCCUCGUCGACCGCAUGGAGAGCGAGUGCAUCGCCAUCAGAGGUACCAUACCAAGCAUGCUUAUCCUCUUCUUCGUGCAGAUUUAA